AUGCUUGAUGAAAAGUCACUUGAGAAGCAACGACUAAACGCAAAGAAGCGUGAAUUGUUAGAAAGAGGAGACAUUCAAUCUGAUGAUAGUAGUGUCGAGGAUAUUGGUGAUGAAUUAGCUGAUAUAUACUUAGCAAAAGACUUACGUUUUCCAGAGGUUGUUGCAUUUUGUCAGAGUAAAGAUUUAUCUCUACAAAGAGUAAAGAAGGUUUUAUUAGAGAAAACGAUACAAAAGGUAUUGGUUCAAGUAAUAGAUGAUGAGCUCCAAGAAAUGGGACCCUUAAUUCAAGAGGAAGAGACCGUAGUGUCAAAAGAGACCGAACUCGAAGAAAAGAAUUUAAUGGUUACGCCCGAGUGCAAUGAUUUGAAUAAAGACAUAAUAUCACAAUGGCAAGUUCCUAAAUCAAAGGAGGAUACCCCGGAAGCUAAGAAGUCAAACAAAAAAAGACCUAAGGAAGAUCCUAAAGAAAAAGCGAAAAGGCAAAAAAAAGAUGACAGGUCUCCACCUAGUUCAAAUUUAUCAACUUUAGGAGGCAUGGACGAUGUGGUUGCCCAAUUGAUGGAAUUAAUCGGAUUACCGAUUUUGCAUCCUGAAAUCUAUGCUGCUACUGGGGUUGAACCGCCAAGAGGUGUUUUACUUCAUGGUCCUCCGGGUUGUGGUAAAACAUCCAUAGCAAAUGCUUUGGCGGGUGAACUGCAGGUUCCUUUCAUUUCUAUAUCAGCACCUUCUGUCGUGAGCGGAAUGUCGGGUGAAAGUGAAAAAAAGAUUAGAGAGCUUUUCGAUGAGGCUAAGUCAUUGGCUCCCUGUCUCAUCUUUUUUGAUGAAAUUGAUGCAAUUACCCCGAAAAGAGAUGGAGGCGCUCAAAGGGAAAUGGAAAGAAGAAUAGUCGCGCAGUUACUUACUUCGAUGGACGAGUUAUCGUUCGAAAAAACUGAAGGAAAGCCAGUUAUUGUGAUAGGUGCUACCAACAGACCAGAUUCUUUAGAUCCUGCUUUGAGAAGAGCAGGUAGAUUCGAUAGAGAAAUUUGUUUGAACGUGCCUAAUGAGACAUCUAGAUACUUCAUACUAAAGAAAAUGGCAUCGUCGUUGAAAAUCGAUGGAGAGAUCGACUUUUCAAAACUUUCUAAAUUAACUCCUGGUUUUGUAGGUGCUGACUUGAAAGCAUUAACUACAGCUGCUGGGACAUGCGCAAUUAAGAGAAUAUUUCAAACUAUAUCAGCUUCAGAUGAUGUAGAUAUGGAUGCGGAUAUUGAAUCCGAAAUUAAAUUGAAAAACACUGCAAAUCUAAUUGAUCCCCUUCCACUAUCGACUAUUCAAAAAUUCAUCGACAAUUUCCCAGAACCUCUUACCCCUGAUCAGCUCCAAGACUUGUCUAUAAAAUACGAAGAUUUCUUAAAAGCACUCCCAACAAUACAACCAACUGCAAAGAGAGAAGGGUUUGCUACAGUUCCUGAUGUUACAUGGGCAAGUGUGGGUGCAUUGGAUAAAAUCAGAAUUGAACUUAACAUGGCCAUUGUGCAACCUAUCAAAAGGCCAGAGCUCUAUGAAAAAGUCGGUAUUAGUGCUCCAGCAGGUGUACUACUAUGGGGUCCACCUGGUUGUGGUAAAACACUACUAGCUAAGGCAGUUGCGAAUGAAUCAAGAGCAAAUUUCAUUUCAAUUAAGGGUCCAGAACUACUUAAUAAGUACGUGGGUGAAUCCGAAAGGGCAAUAAGACAAGUCUUUAAUAGAGCCAGGGCGUCUGUUCCAUGCAUUAUUUUCUUUGAUGAAUUAGAUGCACUAGUUCCUAGAAGAGAUACUUCACUUUCAGAGUCAUCUUCCAGAGUGGUUAAUACACUCCUUACUGAGCUAGAUGGUUUAAAUGACAGAAGAGGUAUAUUCGUUGUUGGUGCGACCAAUAGACCGGAUAUGAUUGAUCCAGCAAUGCUCAGACCUGGUCGUUUAGAUAAGUCCCUUUUCAUUGAAUUACCAAAUUUCGAAGAGAAGGUGGAUAUAAUGAAGACGUUGCUAAGGGCAAAUGGAACCCCUGUUGCUGAAGAUGUCAAUAUUACUAAAAUAGUGAGCGAUGCUCGUUGCAACAAUUUCUCUGGUGCUGAUAUUGCUGCGUUAGUAAGGGAAGCUGCUGUUCUUGCUCUUAAAAGAAGUUUCUUCAAAACUGAUGAAAUCCAAUCUGUGGGUGAAAACGAUCUAGAUAAGGAAUUCGAAGAUCUCACUACCAAUGUAACUACCGAUGAAGUACUUGUACAUAUGAAAGAUUUCGAAAAUGCAUUAAAGAAAGUGAAGCCUUCAGUGAGUGAUAAGGAUAGAAUUAGAUAUGAUAGAUUGAACAAGAAGAUGGGAUGGAAUGAAUCCGGAGAUAGUUCGAAUUGA